AUGCACGCGUCCAUCUCCUUCGCCCUCGCGCCCGCAUCUUCGCCCGACGCCGCCUCCUUCGCGCCCACCGCAGCGGACGUCGGCGGCGCUGUGUGCCUCGGCUACGGCAUCGCCAUCGCCGUCGGCGUCCUCGUCUUCAUCUCCACCGUCAUGCUCGCCUCCUACAUCUGCGUUCGGGCCAAGGCUGGAGCAGCUGCCGUGCUCCUCGCCGACGACGACGGCGGCGGCGCCCCGGCAGCGUCCGCCGUCGUGGUGCUAGGCCUCGACGGCCCGGCCAUCGACGCGCUCUACCCCAAGCUCCUACACGUCGGCGUCGGUGACGACGACGACGCGUGCGCGGGGGCGCAGUGCGCCAUCUGCCUCGGGGAGUUCGUAGCAGGCGACGCGCUCCGGCGAGGGCACGGCUGCGGGCACCGGUUCCACGCGGAGUGCGCGGAGCGGUGGCUGCGGGUGAGCGCCACCUGCCCGGUGUGCCGCGACUCGCCGCUGCCGUCGCCGAUGGCCACGCCGCUCGCGGAGGCCGUGCCCCUCGCCGCGCACGCUCGAUGA